AUGACGCUGGUGGGGUUUUCCAGCACUGCGCUAGCGACGGUCUUACACGAAGAAGUGCGUGAAACGAGUUUCCACUCGCUCGAUGAAAGGGACCCUCGUAACGUCGCCUCGAGCAGAUCCCAAAACGACCUCCUACCUCUGAUCCUUGCUCGCGAGGAGCUCACUGACCUCGCGAAGGCCACAAUGGUCCGUCGGAGCGCCCUCCGGCGGGCUCGGGAAGAGGAAGCCCUUGAGGUCGAGAGACUUCGUAAGAUUCGAGAAGACGCCGCUGAGGCCGAAAGGCUAAGAAUCUCUACUGAAGAAGCAGCGGAGAGAGCGAGGAGAACCAGAAUACAGAUGGAGAUGGAUGAGGCGGAAAUGCGCAGAGUGAGGGCCUUAGAACAAUUCAACGAAACUGAGCGACAGAGACGUGAGAUGCAGCUUGAGGACAGGCUCCGGCAGCUAGAAGAUCAAGAUAUGCCUCCUGAACCGCAAAAAAAUAGGAGCUGUAAAAAGUAUUGCAGGGCAUUCAAAGUGUCGUUCGGCAUUUUUUUGUCGCUCGGACUCAUAUUUGUGUUUUACCUGAUAGUGGCGAGUAUCAUGGGCGAGUCAGCUCCUCUGGACAUAUUCAAUCUGGACCACACAGAAGAUCCGCUUUUGGUGAACAUAAAUAAACGCAAUCCAGGCAUUAAUGUGACUUUAAGGAGCAACAUGGACAAUUCCAAAGAAAAGAAAAAGAUAGAUGAAACGAAAAGCAGUCCCGACCGAAAUGACGAUAAUCAAAGUGGUAGCGGCUUUGACAAUGUCGUAGUAAACCCCUAUGAUACAAGCAAAGCCUAUGAAAACCCCAGUAGCAACGAUAGGUCUGAGCAUGGGAACUUUGACGAUGUUGUGCUCUCUUCCUUCGAUCCGAGCAUUGGUGGUCUCAAUCCAGGAGGCCAAAUAACACGAGACUCAUUUGGUAAUUUGAUCAUAGAACCGUACGAUAUCCAAACAAAAGACGGAACCGUUAUUGUUGAGUACGUCGAUGGCUCACCUAUAAAAAAUGACGAAACUGUAUCUGUGGUUGAUUUAGAGGGCGAAAUUCCUUAUAUCUCUGGCGAAGAUCAAGCCUUGUCUCCUAGCAAUCCUUCUGAUAUUGCUUAUCUACCUUCAUUUGUUGCUUCCACUGAAGAUCGAUUCGCUAACCGCAAUAGAGAAUCUGUCCUUCAAGAUUCGGAUCGCCAUUUCGGAUCGCAAUCUAUAAACCCGCAUGAGAUUGAGCCCCCGGCAACACCUUCAAGCUCUUCAACGACGUUUGAUGAUGUUAUCAGGCGGUCUGACAGCGUUGCUGGAGAUUACGAUUACUACUUACCACCAAUUCACGUGGAUGGCCCUAUGCAAACUUCUUAUGAAGAUAGAGCCGUAGAGCGAUCAGACGUAGCAGCUUUUUCUCCAACCCACCUCCCAAGUCCGGUGUUUGCUCAGUCGUUCGAAAAUGUACCAGAAUCCAACCAAAGACGGCCAUUCAAAAUUUCUGGUGGUGUAAGACCUUCUAGUGGAGGCGGUGGAUUAAGGAGUGACAGACGUCCAUCGCUAGAAAAACUUGAAUCUGAAAUAAUCGAAACUCUCCUGAACAUUGCCGAGAAAGAUGAAACAAAUCGAAGACUUAGAGUCAUGCCGAGAGUUAAUCCUCAUCGCCAUAUUCGAAGACCAAGCACGAGGAUGGAAGCACCUCCAAGUCUACGUCAUCGAAAUCCUGACCAGUCAAGAAGACCAAAUCAUCGAACCAAGCGACCAAUGUCACGCCGCGAGUCCAUGCGUAUUAGACAGGCACAAAAUAUACCAUCCCUGCCUUCGCCUGACAUGAUAACAGCGCCUCCCUCAAGUUUGACGCAGCCAGGGAGGUAUCUUGGACCACGUCCGGGAUUUCGCCCUCCUACAGCCGAGGAUCCUCUAGUAGGCAUGGAGACCUCGCGUAGGGUGCGUUACGGAAAUCAUCGUGGACCAAGAAAUACGAAAACUCAUGUACCGCCGCCUGAAUUCCGCUACCCAAAAUCGGCAGAAAACAUUCAAGAUAUCAUCAGUCACAUGUCCGCUCAUGACUCCCCAGCAACAAUGGCGUUUUCUCGGCAAAAACGUCUUCCGGAAGGUUUUAAAGUGGGUAAUCAAGACCAUGUUCUCUCGCCUAGUUUUAGAAAAAUUCCUGAUAGUCGAAGCAAGGAGAGGCGUCAUACAAUCCCGCCUCCAGGGAGAAAAAUCCCAAGAAAGUCCAGUCCGAAAAAUCGCUCGCCAUUCAAAACCAAAAUAAGAGCCUCGCCAAACGAUCCUGACGGUGAGGAUGAAGUUAUUUUCAAUGACGAUGGAUCAGUUGUACACAUAAGCAACAAUCCUCCACCACUCCAAUACGGGCAUUCCGUCGAAGUGUCUCAUGAGGAAAGGAAACGCCCGGAUCCGACUCAAAUCAGAGAUUACAGUUCUUCUUACAAAGAAUAUCAUCCUCCAGUUUACGAAAAGAAGCCCAAAGUAAAGCCUAUAAAAGUCAUGCUGGAUGUGUACCCGUCGCCGAACCACAUCGGGUACGGAGGAAAACCCAAGUAUGAAUCAAAAUAUUACAUCGAAGAUGAGUUUGACAUCCACGAUCGACGGCAAUCUAUAGAACGCGAUGAAUUCCGCCACCCCGAUCCAUAUCCAAGUUCUCCUGAUCGAUACAACGAUGAUCGUUAUCGAUCACCUGAUCAUCGGUCUCGAUUAGCUGAAGAUCGCGCCGCAGGUAGCGACGAUGGACUGCAAUAUUCUGAUGAUAGGUCUCGAUUUCUCGAUGAUGCGUCCCGAUAUUCCAAUGAUAGGUCUCGGUAUUCCGGUGAUAAACCUCGAUAUCCCGAUGAAAGGUCUCGAAAUUCCGAGGAUAGAUCUCGAUAUACGAACCAAACUCCUAAACAUAGAGGGUCAUAUUACAACAGUCACGAGAAGUUUUCCAAUCCUGAAUCGAGACACUCCCUCGACGAGGCUUCAAGCUAUGACAAGAGUCGACAUCAUCCAUCCGAUCGGCUCCCCACCAUCACUUCAUCGGAUAACCAGCACACCAUUACGCUGCACAUCAACCUGUACGACAGAAAGCCUGACUACAAUCGUUUCAAUCGCAGAAUGGAUACAUCAGCAUCUAUGCCGCAACCUACUUUGCUGGCAUCUUCUCAAAUGAGGAUGGCGUCAAUGGAGCCAGGCGAUGUAUUGCGAAGCUCGGUAAGUUCUUCGCUCGAACCGCGGCGAUCGUCAGUGGAGGGCCGCAUACCUACCAAAGUGCACCAGUCUUCAACUUCUGAGCCCGAAGGAGACGCCGAACCUUCUGACCCGGAACUUAAACAAGCGAUGAAAGAACUUGGCAUCAGCAUUGACUUGAAAAAGCGAUUCUCCGCACUUGAUGUCUACCGAGCACUGAUGCGCAACACACGGAACAUGCGGCAGAGGGCAAACUUCCGACCUGGAGGAGCAGGACCCAUUGCAGCAGGCCUGAUCGCUCCCAAGCCACUCGACGAAGAAGAGGAGGCAUCCAUUCUAAGCACGGUCGAAAACGCGCUUGCACAAAUCAACGAACUGCUGCCGCAGUCAUUGAGGUUCAUUCUGCCGACUGCAGCAGAAUCGGAACCUAAAGCCGCACACCUUAGAGGAAUUGUUAAUAAAGUGAACAACGAAAACUUUGACUACACGGACGGUUUUGAAGCCAAACUUGAUAAUGAUGAACAAAAAAUCAAUUCAACGAAUGCAUCUAAGCUUUCAAAGCUGAUCAACGCCAAUCCCGUAUCUCCUGAAUUUUCCAGAAGGAUGGGUAAGCUCGUCUCAGUUGAUGUUCACCCGCUGCUUGUUAAUCUCAUCGAUAAUGAUGCUGAAGACCAAAACUCAACUCAGGAAAGUGAGAUGAAAUUUUCAGUUGACUCAUCAACAGAUAAUCCGGGACAGAAUAGCACCGAAAUAACUUCUGAAAUGCUAGGAGCCUCUGAGAAUGAGAAACAAUCUAAUGAUGUCAGUUUAAAUGCACUAGAUGUUAAUGAUGUAAUUAUCAAUGGGGACAACUUUGUUGAAUUGACAACGGAAUCAGAACGGAACGAAAAUGAAGACUUCUCUACUGUCACGUUUGGGUCGCUAGACGUUUCCGACGAUACAGUUACCUUGUCACACAAAAUUUCUCCAUAAAAAAAUGUACAAACGAUUAGGGCAACAAUAACAAUUAGACUGUAGACAACUGACAGAGCAACGAAAGGUCUUCCGAAACGAGUUCAGAAUUUUUUCUAAAUGAUUCAUCAAUGGGACUUUGUACGAAUUCUUUCAUAAAAUGUCUGGUAUACGGUGAAUAAUUUGUAUGCGGAAAUGAUAAUAUGCUGCAUAAUAAGUGAAUAACAUGUGUAUUGUGUAGGGACAAAACUGAUGGACAGCUUUAAUGUAUCCUCGGAGGCACUAAAACUAUUCUAAUUUUCAAAACUGUCUUGCCUUCAGUAUUCCUAUCACUGAAGUUGAUCAUAAUUUUCUAAGUAGCUGAAACUUCGUGAUGAGGAUGUGCCACGAAAUAGAAUUUCCUACAUUUCGAAGUUAAAUUUGGAUGUGAGGAGCAUCAGUCUUUGUUUUGAAUGUGUACAUUGAAGUUAUGGGAAUAAGUGCGUGCUUUAGUAUAAGAACACGAAUUGUUUACGGGAGCAACACUGACUGUCCUUCUUCACUGUGACUUGGAACGAUGCGCAUAAAGUGUGCUGAAAAAUAUUUUAUCUGUGACGAUUCUUGCCCCGAAGCCAUGGGAAAAAUGUCUCCCUGAGAGAGUUGAAAAAUGGUCAAAAAAUUUAAAUUCCGCGUCUCUUUCCACCAAAAUUAUCAUACUUUUAUACCAAUCAUCCGGGCCUUCCAAGACUUGAGGAAGUCUUCCUAAUUUCUUAGAGCCGUCACUAGACGGACUAAAAUUCUCCCGGCUCAUCACAAUCAAACCUCCAAAUGACCAUUUUUAGUUUAGUGAUAGCCGGAUUUAUUCUUUCUUGUUUGGUAUUGUUGUUUCGGUCGACCAUAAUUGCUUGUCGAUCAUGUCGUUGCCUGAACCUAACCCCAAAUUUGAGAAUAGAGAAAGGUGUGUUUAUUUUCAUUUAAAUCAGUUCAGAUUUGAAGGAACCGUGGAAUCUCAGUCCGACAAUGCACUGUAUUUCUAUGCAUGUAUGUAUGCUGGAUUAAUAUCUGUAGAAUGGGUAAGUAGCACGCAUGUCGACCGGGUAACUAAAUAAGUUUACGGCCCACUGUGCCGUUUAUGGACAGUAGGAAUGACGGCACGUGGAAGUGAUAUUACGAGCUGAAACUUUGAAGUGCGGCCGUAUCACCGUAGGCAAUGUGGUGUAGCAGCUUUCGGUCUAUGAUAGUGUUGAUACGAAGUAGCGUGGCGGAAUAAAUUUAUCAAGCGCAGCUGCGAGGCUGAGUCUAAACAUUACAGUUAGUAGAUGAAGACAUUUCCUCUGGGGCAAAGUUAUAAUUUGUGUCCCACAGCUGCGCUACUGGGAACUUUAUAUAUUAUCUCGACACAUUGCCUACGAUAGCCAUUGUUGUGUUCCACAAACUCGCCAAGGUUAUAUACGAAUUAGGUUAAGGUUAUGGUACAUGCGUAGCUAUAUUUCUGAGAAUGUAGGUGAUAAAGCAAGUAGAUAAUUAUUAAUCUAUCAAGUAGACGCUAUGUGUAGAGUGUUUGGUCAGAGGGAUUUCUGAGAGUAAAGAACAACUGUUUAAAAUUCGAAUCACUUGGAACACUCAUUAUUUAUUUAUUCAAAAAUAUCAUAGCUUCCUUUUCAAUAACGCUGUGCGCCUUUGAAUCUAGUUAAGUACUAGUUAAAUUUCAAGAUUCAAUGCACCCAAUGCCAAAACAAGCAAUUUUUUUAAGUAGGAAGGUUCUCUAGUAAAUACUAUGUUACAUCAUUAAAUUAAGAUCGCAUUAUUUAGUUCUUAACUUGUGGUAUAAAAAUUUGUUACGUAUUUUUAUAGCUGAUGAAAUUAUUAUCAUUCAUAAACAGGCAAGGGAAGGCUUAAAAUGUUUAUAGAACUGUGAUAGUAAAGUUCGCUUAAGCCUUCCUUAAUUAUUUGCAAUUAACUUUAACGAGAAUUAUUGUUUUAAUUGUUAUAAUGAACUUGUUA